UCCCCAAAUCACUACGGGAAUACGGCAGCAGAGCAGUCAGCUAGCCUAAAGGAGAAGAUGCUGGUCGUGAGGGACCAAAGCUGAUCCCACACUUAGGCCUCCAGGCAGCGCUGCCCAGCUGGCCAGCAGGGCCCGUCCCUGGAGUGGACGUGCUCCUCCAGCCUUUGGUUGCCCAUCUCAGCUCCAGGUUGUGGGAAAACUGGACAACCACAGAGCCAGCAUGGAUCCGAACAGUGACCAUCCUCUGAACGGCCUCGGUGCCACCCAUCUGCACAAGCCCCGCACACCAAUGGAGACCUUCAAAAAGGUGGGGAUCCCCAUCAUCGUGGCACUGCUGAGCCUGAUGGCCAUCAUCAUUGUGGCUGUCCUCAUCAAGGUGAUCCUGGAUAAAUACUACUUCAUCUGCCAGAACUCUCUGCACUUCAUCCCAAGGGAGCAGAUGUGUGACGGCCACCCUGACUGUGCCUCAGGGGAGGACGAGGAACCCUGUGUCAGGAACUUCCCUGAGCAGCCUGCUGGGACAGUCCGCCUCUCCAAGGACCGAUCCACCCUGCAGGUGCUGGACCCAACCACAGGGAACUGGGCCUCUGCCUGUUAUGACAACUUCACAGACGCUCUGGCCAAGAUAGCCUGUGGGCAGAUGGGCUAUGACAGCCAACCUGCUUUCAAACCUGUGAAGAUUAGCUGGGACCAGGAUCUGGAAGUCGUUGAAGUCACAGAAAACAGCCAAGAGCUUCAGGUGCAAAACUCAAGUGGACCCUGUGUCUCAGGCUCCCUGGUUUCUCUGCACUGCCUUGCCUGUGGGAGGAUCGCAAAGACUCCUCGGGUGGUGGGCGGGCAAGAGGCAUCUGUGGAUUCUUGGCCUUGGCAAGUCAGCAUCCAGUACAACAAGCAGCAUAUCUGUGGAGGGAGCAUCCUGGACCCUUAUUGGAUCCUCACAGCAGCCCACUGCUUCAGGAAACAUCUCGAUUUGUACAACUGGAAGGUGAGGGCUGGCUUUGACAAACUGGACAAUUUCCCAUCUCUGCCUGUGGCCAAGAUCUUCAUCGCUGAGCAAAAUAGCUCAUACCCUAAAGAGAAAGACAUCGCCCUCGUAAGGCUACAGCUCCCACUUACAUUCUCAGACACAGUCAGGCCCACCUGCCUGCCCUUCUUUGAUGAGGAGCUUGCUUCAGCCACCCCACUCUGGGUUGUUGGAUGGGGCUUUACAGAACAGAAUGGAGGGAAGAUGUCUGACACUCUGCUGCAGGCUUCAGUCCAGGUCAUUGAUCACACGCGGUGCAAUGCAGAGGAUGCAUACCAAGGAGAAGUCACUGAGAAGAUGCUGUGUGCAGGUGUCCCAGGUGGUGGUGUGGACACCUGCCAGGGUGACAGCGGGGGACCCCUGAUGUACCAGUCUGAGCAGUGGCAGGUGGUAGGCAUUGUGAGCUGGGGCUACGGCUGUGGUGGGCCAAGUACCCCAGGAGUGUACACCAAGGUCACAUCCUAUCUUAACUGGAUCUACAACGUGAGGCAGUCUGAGAUGUAAUACUGCUGUCCCUCUGAAGUGCUGAGCUGCUUCCCCCUGCCCUGCCCACCUGGAGACCCCCAGAAUUAAGAUUCAGAGCAAGAGCUCCCUCGGGCACAGCUGUCUGCCUGCAGUCUCAGGAUUGCUUGGAUCAGCAAAGGGCUUCUGCUCCUGAAAGAGACCCCACACCCCAGAGACACGCAGAAGGAAGUCAGCUGCCUUAACUCAGCCACCUCCAAGGAGUGACGCAGUGCACUGAACAGAACCAGCCUGGGAACCAGGCUUUAGAGGCAUUGCAGAAGUGAGAAGGAACCUUUCUCUACUAAAUGGAAGUGGCUCUUUCAUGAGAGCCCAGAGCACUAAGGACUGAAUGGAAGAGGAAAGGGCUUGGCAAGCCCUCUCCUCCACCCACCUCCAAGCCCCCUGGAGCAAGGAACCAAGUGUAAUGUAAAAUGUAGUGUUGUACUGUGGACAUGACUACUGCUACCUAUUACUGUUAUUAUUGAUGUGCUCACUUCAGCAGCACAUAUACUAAAACUGUUAUUAUUGAUACUUGUAU